UAGAAUUGACCAAGGGGCGAGCGCUCCACCAAGAGAAUCAUGGAUAUCUCCACUAUGGCAUGUUUCGAAAACACGUCUUCAAUUUCUUUGAAACAAAGGAGAGAAAUUGUCGUAUAUAAGGUCUCCGAAUAUCUUGGAGCUACAGUCUUAUCUUGACACAGCCAGACUAUCAAUUUCUUGUCGCCAAGACCUCAAAACCUCACAUCACUCAUCAUGUAUCCUCUCACUACACUAGCUUCGGUCCUUGCCGUUGCAGGCGCCGUUACUGCUACUCUUGAGCCUGCUCAGAGCAACACCAAGGGCAAAUACCCCAAGAGCCCAUCAUGCUCUCCAUCCAAGACCUCCAACGCCAUCCAGGCCGCUGAAUGUGCCUACAACACCCGUGUCUCUGGCCAGCAGACCUUUGCCAUCUUCAAGGUCGAUCACCAAUAUGAUGCCAACAACGGUGCUCCCUACGGCACCUGCGAAGCUUACGAAUGUGAUGCUCCUACUUCCGACGAGCUCACUGCUGAUGCGGAUUACUGGACCUUUUUCUGGAACGACAACGGAGAGUCUUCUGGAGUUGGGACAACCUGUAUCAAGGAUCCUAAUGACGGAACAUGUGGCUGUGAGAACUCUGACGGUACUUUUGUUUAUGGCGGAACGAACUGCAAAUAG